UCGCCUCAUCCUCUCUUUCACCUUUUGCCCACUCCACUCCUAUCGUUUCCUUUCUGGUCCUGCCUGUAUCCGCUCGACUCGAUCUUUGUUUCUCUGCUGUCCGUUCUCCGCUGCAAUGGCGCCCGGUCACGCGGGCCCUUCCGGGGUCAAGACAGAACCAGGCCUCCCACCCCCUCCACGCAAUCCGCCACGCGACGUCAAGCCCCAUAUCCCUCCCGACACCAAGCCCGACGUCACCUCAAAAGGCAAGCGUAAGCGUUCUCCCAGUGACGCCCACCCGAUUCCACCUCAGAAGGACGUCAAGAAGCCUAAGAAGUCCAAGAAGCCGGGCAAGACCCCUAAACCCAAGAAGACCGCUAAGAAGACCAAACAGAAGGCCAAACAGAAACCUUCUAAGAAGGAGGUAGCUGAAAAGGCCCGGAAGGCUGCUGAAGAAGCUGAGAAAGCUGCCGCAGAGAAGGCUGAAGCGAAGAAGGCGGAUGCUGCAAAGUCCGGAACGCUCGUCUUCCGUGAGCCGUUGGACAUCACCCCGCCACGGUCUCUCACACUGGACCUUGCCACAAGUGUGCUUUCAGAGUACGUUGGCUCUCUGCGCAACAACCUUGCCAUUCAUGGCCUGGAGUGGUCGUACAGGGAGCAUUCUGGGACUUUCCACGAGAGAGGCUUCACCGCGACUGUCGAACUUCCCUUCAACUCGCCCGCCCGUACCGCAAAGGGAGAUCGCCAAAUCUCCAAAAAGCUGGCCAGGGCGUCUGCCGCUAUGGUUGCGGUCAAAGAACUCAUGCGUUACGGCGAGAUCGGCCUCGACUUCACGCUGACCCCUCUGCACCCAGGUCAUGAUGGUCGCAAAGACCCCAAACCAGCCAGCGAUCCAGUCAACAAAAUCCGCCCAUAUACGCCUGGACCCCAGUGGUGGGCCGACACGCCGCGCCUCGACGCUGCCGAGCUUUAUGGGAGCGUCAUCAAGCUCGAGAUAGAAGAGUUUCCAGCAAUGACUGCCAAGUGUCGGCCGCUACUCCUAGUCACCUCACGCCCGCUCCCGUUCGACGGCAGUCGCUUUGACGUUUCAGGCUCCAAGGUGGUGGCGUUUGCCCGGCUUUCAGCAUCUUUCCCCCUCAAGAUCCGUCCUAAGGAUCUCGACCGCGCCGUGGCGUUCUCAACAGCUCUGUUCUCCGGUGUCUGUCAUCGCCACAUCACCUUCAAACACCACAUGGCACGUUACCUGAUCCUUCCGCUCAAGUGGGAAGCGAGCGUUACCACCGAUGCGCCCCUCACCCGCGACCACAUCACAUGGGGCGAAGUCGUUGAUGCCUGUAACAAUCCGCUGCAGCCGCUACAUUACCGCAAUUACGACGAGUUGAAGGCGCAGUGUGAGGGUCGCGUCAUCUGCGGCACUCCUACGAGCAUACGUUGGGAGGUGCGAGGCGUACGAGAUGAUCUGCGCCCUAGCUCCUCCGACAACAACAAGUGCAAGUAUGGAGAUCUGAGCAAGGGUGUGCGCAAGUCACGUGGCUACGAUUCGGGCGCAGUGGUGACAGACAGCGAACAACCGCUUCUCGACGUCGAGGCCGCAAUCCGCAGCAAUGUGACCGGCGUCAUCUCCAACCUCGAAGGCGAAUCGAUUCGUCGAGAGCUUGUGUUGCCAGAGCUGCUUCGAGUCCACUCCAUUAGCGCAGGCACAUUCCGAACCGCAUCUAUUCUCCACACCUUCUUUGCCAUGCUCAACGCGCAGCUGCUGGGCAUGGAGAUGUCCAAAGCCCUUUUCGGUGGCCGCAUCAAGCCUCAUCUCGCUCGAGAGGCUCUUACCACUUCACAGGCGCGUCCUGUCCCGUGCCAGCAGGACUAUCAGCGAGUAGAGAUGCUGGGCGACAGUGCUCUGAGGCUGGCCGUGGUCUGCUUGGUGUACUGUGACCUGUCGGAUCCAGACGAGAGCGGAGUUCCCCCCAACGAAGGUGCCCUGGUAAAAGCCGGAAACGAGAUUCAGAAAAACAGCACUCUCAUGUCGAGCGCCGAGAAGGCUGGUAUUACUCCGUACAUUCGUGGUGUGUACACAGCGCCAACGGAUUGGGUACCGCUUGGCUGGGCUCCAUCGCCGACCCCGCCGAAGGUGCAAGAGCUUGGUAACAAGAUCUUGGCGGACACUACUGAGGCUCUCAUUGGAGCCACGCUACUGUCAGCUCAGGAACAUGUCCUGGAGUUUCUAUCGAACAAGCAAGGGCUGGAGCUCGUCCUCGCCACAAUGCGUGAUCUUCAGAUCCCUGCGCCCAAUGCUACUUGGGGUGAACUCCGCGGCUUGUCGCUCCCUGUCACAGUUCGCCAACAGUUGUCCUCGCAGCCUCUUAGUGUACUGGGCUACACGUUCAAGGACCCUGCUAAAGGUCACCUUGCUCUCAGCGCAGCCAGCCGGGGUGUCAUCUUCGACAGGUACGAGCACGUUGGCGACGCUCUCAUCGGCUUCAUGGCGAUGCUCCAUCUUUGGAACGACUAUCCGCAGGCAUCAAACGCUGCCUUGACGAACGCUAAGCAGUCGCGUGUGUCGAAUGCGGCGCUCACAGCGUUCCUGGUCUCAUCUGGCCUCAUGAAGAUCCUGACUGGUCACACUUCUGCGGCAGGAGACGUUGACACUGUGGCGGCCGGCUUGUUUCAAGCGCAGACCCGAACCGACCUGCUCCCCGCCGACCAGCAGAGCUGCGCAUACUGGGAUGACGUGCCUACUAGCAAGUUCCUGGCCGACCAUGUCGAGGCGCUUUUUGGUGCGAUCCUCGACGACUCCGACUUUGACCCGGCGCCAGCCAUGCGGCUUUACACCACUCACAUGGCGCCAUUCAUGCGACGAUACGCUAGGACUCCAAGCGAAGGAGGAAACCACCCGCACGCACAGCUGCAGAUGAUCCUCGGCAAGCGUAACUGCUGGGCCUUGAAGAAGGAGAACGAAAUCGUCAAGAGCGAGACCGACAACCGCCGCAAGUUCAUUGUUACAGGUGAGUGGCGGCUGCGACAGGCUGACGCGCAGUGAAGCUCCAUGAUGUGGUCCUGGCCGUGGCAGAGGGCCCGAGUCGGCCUGUGGCGGAGCGCAUUGCCUUUACUGCCGCCCUGGAGCAUGUGAGGGCCAAUCCCAAACACCCUCUAUGUCUCUGCAAGCGCAAGUAAGGGCACACUCAUCACUUGCGGAUCCAGGGGCAGCAAGGAUGUCUAAGCGACCGCAGCCUGCGGGCGAGCGGAACUGAGGCGUCGUUGUGCUUGUCUGGCCCGCAGUUAAUCAGACUUGUUGAGUCGAUUCCAGUGUAUUUAUACUCACAAAUGUGCCAUGCAACAUUGUUUAUCGAUG